GUGAUAUAUAAAUAUUGUGAAUUAAUGCAUCCAGGAACUAACCUAAGUCUCCAUGAAUCACGUGACGGCUGAGCUUUUUGGACUUCCGUUGGCAAAACUCUUUCUAAAAGGCUCUGGGUUAAGUCCAUAUAAGUACCUUACCAUAAAAGUCAUCAGUUAUCACCAGUUUCAAUAACAUGUUACGUGUUUAUGGCCUCAGUGUUUGUCUUUGAACGUUACAUCCAAAUAAGGAGCUAUCAGUCUGAAUCUUACAGGGCAAAAUCCAGGUGAAUGUCUUAUAAAGCCUUUGACACGGCCCGUUUUCAUCCUGACUUCUAGUUUGUUCUUCAGAGAAAAUAAUCAUAAUAAUGGCAGAAACAAAACAGAGUAUUUCACUUUCUGUUCACCCUUCAAGCUGUUUGGUUGAUUCAAAAAUCGAAAUAGAUGUUAAAAACUUGCCUGCUAACUCUAAGGUUACUCUUCAUGGACGUCUCAACUCCGAUGAUGGGGUUGAAUGGGAAGCGUUUGGCCAUUACGUCAGUGAUUCUUCAGGAACUGUUAAAGUUUCCAGAGAUAAAAGUGAAGGUGGGACUUUUGAGGGAAUUGAACCUAUGGGACUUUUGUGGAGUAUGAGACCGGUCCCUGAAAGUAAACCAGGUUGCAGAUUUCAGAAGAGCAAUGUCCAAACGCCAGUUAAGGUGCUCAUUUCUGUAUUUGAGGGACACAUUGCUAAAGUCUAUAAGUAUCAAACUCCCCUCACAUCAGCUCCGGUCGAGCGCUGGUAUUUGGCUUCAGGCGUCCAGAGGGUUGAAGUCACAGAGAGGGGAAUUAAAGGGACCCUAUUCAUUCCUUCAGGUUCUGGACCUUUUCCUGCUGUGCUAGACCUGUCUGGAGGACAGGGGGGUCGAGCUGAGCACCAUUCGGCUCUCUUAGCAUCCCAUGGCUAUGUCUCACUGGCUCUGGAGUACAUUGGGUUCCUGAACGCUUCGGGAAAACUUGAGCAUGUGGAUAACGCCUACUUUGAGACGGCUUUUGCAUGGCUAAAAAAACAUCCCAAAGUUUGUCCUGACAAAGUGGCCAUGAUGGGGAUGUCAUUUGGUGUCUCUGUAACAUUGGCCAUGACUGCAUACUCAGAGAUUAUACAGCCCAGGUGUGUGGUUUGUAUUAAUGGAAAUCACAUCAUGCCGCUCAGUGGAUCUUUGGCAGAUGUCUAUGCAGCGCUCCAACAGAAUGUUGACAAAAUCCGAUAUGAUGAAAAAAUGAGAUUGAUUUGGCGAGAUCUGUUGCUGCCGAUUCCGGAAGACCCUACCAAGAAAAUUCAGAUGAGCAAGAUCAACUGUCCUGUUUUAUUAAUUGUUGGUGAAGAUGAUCAAAACUGGCCGUCUUCGGAGUCAGCAGCAGAUAUAAGAAAGAUGAUGGAGAAAGCUGGAAACAGUCAUCUGCUGACUCUUCUCUCGUAUCCUGGCGCGGGUCACCUGAUCGAGCCGCCCUACAGUCCUCACGUCCGUUUCAGCCACUUCAAGUUGCUGGAGGCGAAAACCAAAGUGAUGAUGGUGUGGGGAGGAGAGACUGUGUCUCACAGUCAAGCUCAGGAGAAGUCCUGGCAGAAGACGUUGGCUUUUCUUGAAGAACAUCUAUAUGAUAACAGCAGAGAGAUCACCAAAUGCUAGCUGUGAUGUGCAAUGGAAAGUAAUGUUUUGGGGUUAUCGACCCCUAUCCAUGACAGAUAUAGUAUGUCCUUCAGGCAAAAAUAAUAUAUGUGAUUAUUUAUAAAUCAAGUGUAAAGCUGUAAUAGUGACUUAUUCAGAUUGACAGAUGUUUUUGUGUUGUUGUUCAGUAAAAACUGCUAAAGCGAUUUAAACUUCACUGUCAUGAUCAGUGAAAGGUAGAAAAAAACAUAAAUAAUAAAUAAUACGAAUGAUACAAACAAAACAGUUUGCAGUUAAUCCUUGGGUCUGUUAAAGGUGCAGUGUGUCAUUUUUAAAAGGAUCUCUUGACAGAAAUGCAAAAUAAUAUACAAAACUAUAUUAUCAGGGGUGUAUAAAGACCUUUCAUAAUUAACCGUUAUGUGUUUAUUACCUUAGAAUGAGAUGUUUUUAUCUACAUACACAGAUGGUCCCCUUACAUGGAAGCCGCCAUUUUGUGCAGCCAUGUUUCUACAGAAGCCCUUAACGGACAAACCUUUUUACUAAGUUGUCUCCAACGAUGACAUGUUUGUCCGGUGGUGGCUACCGUAGCUUCUCUAUGUGUUUCAAAAGCGAGAGGUGAGCAGUGGACUGAGCCGUUGGUUGCAAUUUGCAACCUCACCACUAGAUGCCGCUAAAAUUUACACACUGCACCUUUAAAGGAACAGUAUGUAAGAUUGUGGCCAAAACUGGUACUGCAUUCACAAAACUUGUGGCUAAAACUGGUACUACAAUCACACUGGUGGCCAAUACACAACAUGACAACAUAAACAUCAGUUGGGGGCUGCAACUGCACUUUUUAAAUGACAAUAUCCUGGCCGGACCACUGUUGUAUUUGAAAUGAAAAUGAUUUCUUAAUGUCUAGUGACAUAUUAGGGCCAUUUUAUGAUUAAUUGAUAUAAAUUUCUUACAU